CGGAAAAAGUAGGAGCUUUCUGGUCAUUUCGAAAGCAUGGCUACCAUUUACAAGCUAAGACUUGCAAUUAAAUUUGGAAGAAAUCUUGGAAUACCACUGAAUAGAACCUUUGAAAGGAGAAUUUUCGAAAGACAAUGUCAGCGUUUUUCAGCUAUAAUAAACAAUUCUGUACAAGGAUUUUCUUCUCAAGCAGCGACACAAACAACAGAAAUACAUAAUAUUAUAAAAGAUGUGGAAAAACCAACAGAUGAAGGUGUUAAACAUAAAUUUCAAUCAGAAACACAGAUGCUGUUACAAAUUGUGGCCAAAUCUUUGUAUUCGGAGCAAGAGGUAUUUCUUCGUGAAUUAAUUUCCAAUGCAAGUGAUGCACUUGAAAAGUUACGUUAUAUGCGUAUAAGUGACUCCAAAGUUGCAGAGGUGGCUGGUGAUCGUAACCUAGAAAUUCAUAUUGGAACUAAUAAACAAGAUAGGAUUCUUAUAAUUCAGGAUACAGGAAUUGGUAUGACACGUGAAGAACUAAUAUCAAAUAUUGGAACUAUAGCUCGAUCUGGUUCCAAAGCUUUUCUAGAAAAAAUUAAAGAAAAGCAAAAUGCUGGUGAUACAUCCCAAAUUAUUGGACAAUUUGGUGUUGGUUUCUACAGUGCUUUUAUGGUUGCUGAUAAAGUAGAAGUGUUUACAAAAUCGUAUGAGAAAGACGCUGAAGGUCUUUGUUGGCAAUCAGACGGUUCUGACACAUUCAAUAUUUCAAACGCCGAAGGAGUUCAACCAGGGACAAAGAUUGUUAUACAUUUGAAUUCCCAGUGUCGACAAUUUAGUGACGAAGACACAAUUAAUCGUCUCAUCACUAAGUACAGUAACUUUAUCGGUAGUCCUAUUUAUGUUAACGGCAAGAGGGUUAAUACUAUGCAGCCAUUGUGGUUGCUUGAUCCAAAAGAAAUUACACAAUUACAACAUAAUGAGUUCUAUAGAUUUAUUGGAAACUGUUUUGAUUCUCCUCGAUUCAUAUUACACUAUUCAACCGAUGUUCCAAUUAACAUAAGAGCAUUAUUAUAUUUCCCGGAACAAAAACCGUCAUUCUUUGAUUUCGGUAAAGAUGAAGUGACGGGUGUCUCACUGUAUAGUCGUAAAGUGUUAAUCAAAAGUAAAGAUAUAAAUAUUUUACCAAAAUGGUUGCGUUUCGUCAAAGGAGUGGUUGAUUCUGAAGAUAUUCCUCUUAAUUUAAGUCGGGAAUUAUUACAGAAUAGUACUUUAAUCAGAAAAUUGACUAACGUUUUAACGACACGAAUUUUAAAAUUCUUGAGUGAAAAAUCUCGGAAAGACACUGAAAGCUAUAAUAAAUUUUAUAAAGAUAACAGUAUCUUAUUAAAAGAGGGUGUCGUGAGCACUGAAAAUCAGAAAGAAAAGGAAGACAUAGCUAAACUUUUGCGUUACGAAUCAUCUGCAAUACAGCCAGGGGAAUUAAUGGGCCUCGAAGAUUACUUCAAACGAAUGCCUUCUGAUCAAAACAAAAUAUAUUACUUAUUAGCACCAAGCCGUGAAUUAGCAGAACGAUCGCCAUAUUACGAAACACUAAAGAAACGAAAUAUCGAAGUACUAUUUUGUUAUGAAUCACACGAUGAUGUAAUUUUCUUGCAUUUACGGCAAUAUAAGUCUUGCGCAUUGACUUCCAUUGAAGAAGAGUUACGCGAACCAGAUUCAAAAUCUGACGAUAGUCCUCGUAUUAUUGAUCAAGAAGCAAUUGACAAACUUAUAAGUCACAUGAAAACAGUAUUAACCGGGAAAGCAUACAAUAUUAAAACAACGACGAAACUUGAGUCGCAUCCGUGUGUAGUUACAGUUCGUGAGAUGGCAAGUGCAAGACACUUUACCCGCAUACAAACUCGUCAAUUGAACGAGGAAACGUUAUAUCCUAUACUUCAGCCACAUUUUGAAAUAAAUCCUAAUCAUUCCAUUAUUAAGAAGCUUUGUAGUCUAGUAAAUACCGAUCCGAAAUUAGCCGAUCUUGUCAUAAAUCAGUUAUUCAUUAACAGCAUGGCAGAAGCUGGUUUAAUUGAAAAUCCACGGACAUUACUGGCAUCAAUGAACGAAUUGUUAGCCGUAGCGUUAAAAUAAAUAUUAAUUUUCAAUUUAUAACAUUUAUAACAUUUGCGACAAAACUGUUUAAUAAGUUAGAAAUACAUUGUGUAUAAAUAAAUAUUCUGAAUAAAAUAAU